UCUUUGACAACAUUUUUAGGUUAGAAAUCCUAGUGUUAUUAUAAAAUAAAAUAAUCUAUUAAAUUUAAAACAAAUUUGAAAAAAUGAAUAACUUGGCAAAUGGACUGAAUAUACUGAAACAAAAACUGUUUCAAUCGACAAUUUUAACAACAAGAUUUUAUGCAAAACCAUUGGGUGCGGCUCCAACAAUGAAAAAGAAAAAAUUGGGUAAACUUGGUCCAAUGAUGGAAAAAAAAGAAAUUCCUGUAGAAACUGAUGUCAACAAACUAGUUAACUACGUUUGUGGUAGUAAUAUUUACAAAACCGGAGAAGAUAUUAAACUAAAACCCGACAGUGAAUAUCCCGAUUGGUUAUGGAGUUUAAAUGUGGACCGUAUUAUACCGUUGGAAGAAUUAGACCCUAAUACAAAACAAUAUUGGAGACGUGUCCGAAAAAUGGCACUUCGUCGAAAUAAUCAACUUGCGAAGUUGAGAAGAUUUUAAAGUUUUAAAUGUUAUGCAUAAAUUUUAUAAAUUUUCUGUUGGUAUGUAAAAUAUGUGU